GUUAGCCACUUUCGAUCCAUAUCGCAUCUCUAAGGUAUUGUCUUCAGAAGAAAGAGAGUCAUCAUACUCUACCGUUUCCGUGAACGGAGUCUCAUUAGAGAAUCACCGUCAAGGCUAGACGUCACAAAAACUGAUUCGUGCACCGUUUUUUUUUUCUUGCCUUUUCAAUUUCGUGCAGACAUAUAACUGGAAGGAGCUUUGUCGUACAUAGCGGGUUGGGUAAUUGCUCUCAAACGAAUCACAUUUUAUUUUCAACAAGUAGGAGAAAGUGGACUCAACAUCUAAAAAUAUAGCUCAUUUAAGUGGUGCGACGGUAUUGCAGACUGAAUCAAAUUGGUUCGACAAUGCACUUCGGUGUCUCGCAUUCGAGAAUUUGAACGAACAUUUUGACAUUAUGCGUGUGCAAUUAGGCUAUCACUGGUAAUUUCCUGUUUUCUCAUAUUCCAUUAAAAUCGAGGAGCAGCAUUCGACAGUUUGGUGCAGUAACAUAGUUUUCGGUGUUUUUUUUUAGAUAGAAAAGAAUGCAUUAAUGAUAUUUCACGCCCAAUGAAAACUGACAUGGGAAUACUUGCGGAGAAGUAGAAACCAAACACUAUUAAUGUAACAUUUCCUACGAUACAAUUGCAUACGACUCUGCUUAAUCGAAUGUGGACGCGCAUGUUGGAAAAUGGCCGCGUCGCACUUCAUGGAGUCACAUCUUCAAAACGAGACCGUCGGCAUGACUACAACGCUGUCUCCUGAUGGAGAAAGCACUGCCGCGAAUGUGGAUGGCCUAGGGUGGUCGGUGAGUCGCAUUGAGAACAGCUCGCUGGCACGAACCAUCUACGGCCUUAUCGCCCUGAUAGGAAUGAGCGGCAACGCGCUUGUCUGCUUCGUCCUCUUGCGCGUCCCGUCAUUGCGCACGCGCACUAGCCAAUUCAUCAUCCACCUUGCCGUGACCGAUUUCAUUACGUCAUUUUGGGUGAUACCAUUCCACCUGUUCCCGUUCACGCCGCCUAUCCCUCGGGGGUUCGCUGGCGAGCUCAUGUGCCGGUUCUACGUCUCCAAGUACUUAAUGUGGGUCUCCAUUUUCGCCUCCGUCUACAGUCUCGUUUCCAUUACUCUCGAGCGCUACUUCGCCAUCGUGCACCCGAUCAAGUACAAGACGACGUUCUCCCUCAAGUAUUCCAUCGUCAUCAUGAUCGGAUGCUGGCUGGUAGGGGCGAUCUCGAACUCGUUUUUCUUCUACGUCUACGACUACGAGGAUGGGACAUGCCUGUUCCUGCCUUACCCAACAUUGUAUCUUCAAAAGGUGAUAGGGGUGUAUAUCUUCUCGUUGAUCUACUUCAUUCCCAUCACAUUGAACCUCGUAUGCCACGCCCGGAUGGUGCAAACCCUGAAAAAGCAAGCAAAGCUCCUCGAGGGAAAUAGGUUUCAAGGUAACGAAGGCAAUCGCAAAAAGCAGAAGGAAGCUUGGCAGCUCAAGAUCGUUCAGGACGUCCAGCGGAUGCUUCUCGUCGUCGUCAUCACGUUCAUGAUCUGCUGGGCUCCAAACCAGUUCAUCUUCUUGGCCUUCAACCUCGGUGCCAACGUCGACUUUACCUCCUGGUACUACCACUUCUCCGUGAUCCUAGCCGUCUGCAACUCGUGCGUCAAUCCAUUCAUUUACGUGUUCAGGAACCGAGAUUUCAGGCACGGUGUCGCGAAGGCAAUCGGUUGCGACAGAGCGAUUCGUCGAUUUGCCAACCGUGUCCGAGCGGUGGAUCCAGGAGUGGAGUCCGGUACAGCUGCAGAAGGCACGGACAAUCCUACAACGGGGACUAUGGGGAGCACUCGAGUAGCAUUUGACAACUGAACAGAAACACCAAAUCAUUUGAUUAAUAUUGUACUGAUUUUCAUUUAAUUACCAGACAUUGAUAUUAAUUUAUGAAGUAACAACUUGAAGGUCCAUAACCGUAUGGAUGAGAAAUUAUUAUCACGAAGAAUAGGGCUAUACAAUUAUGCUCAAGAGACAUUGUCUCUUUUUUCAAAAUUCCAUGUAGAAGCUUUUCAAACAACAAUGUAUAUUGUUAAAAUGUACUGUAUAAUGUAGACUAAACAUUUUAACUGAGUAAUAGUAGUACGGGUUCAAACCCGUCUCCCGGCAUUGUGAAACGGCCAUCAGUUUUGCCAGAAUAUGCUAGAAUAAAUGUUCUUGAUAAUAAACAUGUGCUCAGCUGAAUCUAGGUAAAAACAACCUUUAUCAUUUUAAAGGACAAGUCCACUCCAAAAAUGAUUUACUUU